GUGUGCCGUGCCAGUCGGCAGUGGACGGUGAGGCCCAGGAGGAGGGGGCCGAGUCCAGGAGGCUGAAGGGGGGCAGCGUACACCAGGCCGGGGACAUGAACCUCUGCUGGAACGAGAUCAAACGCAAGUCGCACAACAUCCGCGUGCGUAUAGAGGCCAUUUCCGACAACAGUGGGAAGCUGCAGGUCUCCCUGCAGGAGAUCAUCGAAUGGCUGACGGCGAAGGACGAGGAGCUGUCGGAGCAGCUGCCCAUAGGAGGCGACGUGGGGGCCGUGCAGCACCAGCGGGAGUUCCACCAGGCUUUCAUGGAGGAUGUCAAGUCUCGCGGGCCGUUCAUCUACUCAGUCUUGGAGUCUGCCCAGUCCUUCCUGGCUCAGCAUCCAUUCCAGGAACCGGAAGAGACCACGGCAGAAGGCAAAGAGGUGUCACCCCACCGGCGGAUCCUGAACGUAAGCCGCUCGGUGUGGAAGCAGGCCAACGUGACGAGCGACCUGUGGGCGAAGCUGAUGGCACGCUGUGUGGACCGACACAGACACAUGGAGAGGACUUUGGAGCAUCUCCUCCAGAUCCAGGCAGUGAUGGAGGAGCUCGCGAUGGCUCUUGAGCAGGCUGAAGGGGUGAGAGAUGCCUGGGAGCCCGUGGGAGACCUCUUCAUCGACUCCUUGCAGGACCACAUAGAUGCCACCAAGCUUUUUAAGCAGGAACUGACGCAGGUGAAGGAGGGAAUGAAGCACAUCAACGACCUGGCUCACCAGCUCGCUAUUUCCGAUGUCCAUUUAUCCAUGGAGAACGCUCGCGCCCUGGAGCACCUCAAUAACAGAUGGAAAGUGCUUCAGGGUUCCAUUGAGGAGAGGCUAAAGCAACUCCAGGACGCAAACCGAGAUUUUGGCCCUGGAUCACAGCACUUUCUAUCAAGUUCAGUCCAGAUACCAUGGGAGCGUGCCAUCUCCCCUAACAAAGUGCCAUAUUACAUCAAUCAUCAGGCACAGACCACAUGCUGGGACCACCCAAAGAUGACAGAACUGUACCAAGCACUUGCGGAUUUGAACAACAUCAAGUUCUCGGCGUACAGAACGGCCAUGAAGCUGCGGCGGGUUCAGAAGGCUCUGAGAUUGGAUUUAGUAGCACUGAGCAACCUCGCGGAGGUGUUUCGAGGACAGGAAUUCCAUGAAGCAGAUCACGUGAUGGACGUGGUGGAGAUCAUCCACGGCCUGACGGCGCUCUACGAGAAGCUGGAGGAGGAGAGGACCGUCCUGGUCAACAUUCCACUUUGCGUGGACAUGUGUCUCAACUGGCUGCUUAACGUCUACGACAGCGCUCGCAACGGCAAGAUGCGCAUGCUGAGCUUCAAGAUGGGCCUGGUGAGCUUGUGCAAUGCGGACGUCCAGGAGAAAUACAAAUACUUAUUCCGUCAAGUGUCCGGCACCGCAGGUUUGACGGACCAGCGUCACCUCAGCCUGCUGCUCCACGAGGCCAUCCAAAUCCCUCGCCAGUUGGGCGAAGUGGCCGCUUUUGGGGGCAGCAACGUGGAGCCCAGUGUCCACAGCUGCUUUCGUAUGGCCUCAGGAAAACCUGCCAUUGAGGUAUCUCAUUUCCUUGAGUGGAUGAGUCUGGAGCCCCAGUCCAUGGUUUGGCUGCCUGUGCUCCACCGGGUGACUGCUGCCGAGUCCACCAAUCACCAGGCCAAAUGUUACAUCUGCAAACAAUUUCCCAUCAAGGGCUUCAGGUAUCGCAGUUUAAAGCAGUUCAACGUGGACAUUUGCCAGACGUGUUUUCUAACCGGACGCACUAUGAAGGGCAAAAAGCUGCACUACCCCAUCAUGGAGUACUACACCCCAACGACUUCGGGAGAGAAGAUGAGGGACUUUGCCAAGACUCUGAAGAACAAGUUCAGAUCAAAGCAAUACUUCACCAAGCACCCGCAGAGAGGUUACCUGCCCGUUCAGUCUGUGCUGGAGGCUGACAGCGCUGAGACGCUGUGCUCGUCCCCUAAACUGCCCCACGCAGACACGCACAGCAGGAUCGAGCAUUAUGCCAGCAGAUUGGCGGAGAUGGAAAACCAAAAUUGUUCCUUCUUCACGGACAGCCUUUCUCCUGAUGAAAGUCUCCCUGCCCUGGACCAGGACUCCCCCUGUGGGCAGCACAUGUUGCUGGCCCACUUGGAGCACCAGGACAAGGAGCAACUCCAGUGCACCCUGGCCCGCUUGGAGAAUGAAAACAGGGUGCUUCAGAGCGAGUACAGGCGCCUCAAGUGGAAACACGAGGAGGCGGCGUCGCUGCCCAUGCUGACCGAAGCCGGCGAGGGUGGCCCGGACUCGCCGGUCGCGGUCGACCAGCAGGACGAGGAGCUCCUGGCCGAGGCGCGGGUCCUCCGGCAGCACAAGACGCGCCUGGAGACCCGCAUGCAGAUCUUAGAGGACCACAACAAGCAGCUGGAGUCGCAGCUGCGCAGGCUCAGAGAGCUUCUUCUUCAGCCCAAAGAAGAUUCAGAGGCCAACGGUUCAGAACCGUCGACCUUGUCCUCGCCAGUGUCUGGAGGGGGGCUCCAUGGGGGGGCGGUCAGCAGAGACACCACUGACACGGAAGCAGCAGGCGACGACAUGGAGCACGAGCAGGACACUGUGCUGCAGCUCCAGGAGGUCAUCGAGCAGCUGAGGAACGUUUUCCCCUCCGAACCAGGCCCCACAUCGCACAUCUGAACCCAGCCUAAAAGGACGCCCAUGCGGCCCUGAGGCUGCACGAGUUCCGCCCGACCCGGUUCAGGUCACGUACGUCGGCCACCGUGACUGCAGCUAAACCUUUAACUGGAACUUGUGCGCUCACAAGCCUUUUUAUCAUGCAAACUGCAUAAGGCUGUUGGACUCGAGCGGCGUUGGCGAGGCUCCUCGGUGGCCCGCGGCCCGACACCGUGUCCGCCGGCCAAAGGUAAACGAGCAUCAGGGAGAUACCCAAGUGAAGGUUGACGUGUGUGUGUGUGUUGUUUGAAUGUGUGACGCUUUAUAACCAGUGGUUCUCAAACUGGGGUCCUCGGACCGCAGGGGUCUGCGCACCGUAGUUUGGGGGUCUGCAAAAAGAAUUUGCAAUAGAUUAUUAUGUGGUAUCAUUUAAAAAAGUGCUCUGAUAAGAUUGGGACAUGCGUGGAUAGUUUUUUUUGUUUGUUUAUUUGUUUUUUUUCAAUCAAAGCACAGUAAAAGAUGUUAUCACAAGAAUAAAGUUGUAUUUUUUCCAGAAUAUAUUCCAAUUUUUAGAGGAAUAAAGGCGUAUUUUCAAAAUAAAAGGCGGAAUAUUACGAGAACAAAGUUGAAAUUCACUUGACGUUCUUCCCUUGUUAAACUGCCUUUAACAUAAGAAUGUGUAGUAAUGUGUGUUGUGUAGAGAGAUGUUAUGCGGAUGUAAUUAGUUUGAUCGUACUAUUAGAACUACAUUUCCCAAGAUCCUUUUGAUAGUCAUUUUGAUAUCCUCUGUCAUUUUGAUAUCCUCUGUCACGCAAAUACACAGUCUACACCUGCUAGGAAUUAGAUGUAAGGUGAACGCAAAUGCGAAAUUUGAAGAAAUUGCAAUUAAAAGACGCACAAACUGAAAAGCGGACAUCCUGUCUUCUCCCUUUAUUGCCAACAAGUGUGGAAUGGUUACAAACGUAUUUGUUCUUGUAAAGAUUUGGACUUUUUUUUUUCUUUUGUGAGACUGCAAUAAAGUUGCAGUCUCGCAAAAAUAUGACUUUAUUGUCCUACCCAUUUAGACUUUUUUCUUCUUGAGAAAAAUAAGGGGUUUUUUUCUCAUAAGGAU